AAAUGUAACCCAAUGCUAACCAGAGCCCUGUCAGGGCCCUCUGCAAAACCAAUGGCUCAUCUCCACAUCUCACUCUUCUUAAAGUAUUGAUUUGGAUUCAUUUCUUAAUAAUGAAAUGAUGCCAUUUUCUUAAAUAUCAAAGAUUUGAAAGAUCUGAAUUUGAAACUUGAAUGAUGGUUGCCUACAGUUUCAUCUACAUGGAUGAGGAUAACGAGCUAUGGGAAUGACCAUUUAAAUGUAUUUGAUUCAAUUAGAAUCGAGACCCACUGCCCUGGCUGGUUUCAACAAUUCCUUGUCCUAACAUCCCUGAUUCAGCUCACGAAGGACUUGAGUUUAUCUAUACCAUUUUAUGCUGAGAUCCUAUAACCUAAGAAUAGCUCAGACAGUUUUCAUUGAAGCCACUGUAGUUAUUGAGUAGUAAGUCUUAAUAUCUAACCUUGGAUUUUAAGGGGUUAAAGAAGCAUCUGUUAAAAGGUUCUUUAGGAAACCAAAUGUGAUUCUUCUACAGCAUUGUGCAAACUACCCUCUUUGGCAUCUUUCAAGAUUGCACCUCAUGGAACUGGCUUGCAACUAAAACUAUGUGAAGACUGAAAUGAAGAUACCUCUGAUAUGACAGUGAGUCGCCUGCAGACUGCGGCAACUCACUCUCUGUGCAGCUGAGCCGUAGCCUUGAGAUGCAACGGCAGCUCUGUGCCUUCUACAGUUUACCUCCAGAAUGGGCCGGCAGCCGACACCAGAAACUUAAUCAACGUACUUUUUCCCACAAAUACAACCAUGUCUCCUACUGCUCCACCUGGCCCUUCUGGGCCUACAUAGUCCUGCUGUGCUUUCUCCUCUUCCCUGGUUCCUCUGUUGCUAUCUUCCGGGUUGGAGUGGUUGGGCCAUGGUCUUGUGACCCCCUCUUCGCCAAGGCCUAUCCCAGCACAGCAGCACGACUAGCUGUGAGUCGUAUCAACCGGGAUCCCUCCCUGUGGCCUGGUAUCACUUUUGAUUAUGUCAUCUUGGAGGAGGACUGCCAGACAUCACAGGCUCUUUCCCGCUUCCUCAGUUACUACACAAGGGCAUCCGGCUUUAUCGGGCCAGUCAACCCAGGCUACUGUGAUGCAGCAUCCCUGCUGGGGAAAAGCUGGAAUAAAGCCGUGUUUAGCUGGUCAUGUUUUAGCUAUGAGCUGGGCAACCCUCGUAGUCAUGCCACCUUUACCCACACCAUGCCCCUGCCUGCGCUGGUGCUAGUGCGUUUCAUGCGUCACUUCCACUGGGCUCAUGUGGGCAUUGUUGCCUCAGGUGAUGACGUCUGGAUAGAGACUGCCCAUGAGCUGGCCAGUGCUUUGCGAAGCCACGGCAUGCCUGUGGGAACAGUGGUGUCCACUGGGAAUGAUUCAGUCAGCAUGCGUAAAGCCCUGGCCAAGGUCAAGAAAGCAGAACACCUGCGCUUGGUCAUCCUCUGUAUGCACUCAGUCUUGGUGGGGGGCACGACUCAGAAGCUGUUCCUGGAGAUGGCACAUGACAUGCGGAUGGUGGAUGGCUCCCUGGUAUUUGUUCCCUAUGACACACUCCUUUACAGCCUGCCCCACCACCACCUGCCCCAGCCUAUCCUGCGCAACAACAGCAAACUGCUGCAGGCCUACGAUGCAGUGCUCACUAUCACUGUGGAGUCUCCAGAACAGCACUCCUUCAUUCAUGCCUUCACUGAGGCACAGGAGAGUGGAGAGCUGCCCGACAGCUUCCAGCCCCACCAGGUGUCUCCUCUGUUUGGCACUAUCUAUUCCUCCAUCCUGUUGAUGGCUCAUGCCAUGCGAGGUGUGCAGGCUGCAGGGAAGUGGGUGUCUGGGGGGAACUUGGCCCAGCAUGCCCAUAAUUUGACUUUCAAAGGCUUUAGCCACACUGUCCGUACUACACAGUCCGGCUCAGCACUGCUAGAUUAUGUGGUGCUGGACACAGAUGGAUUUACUUGGGAACUGAAGCCUUCCUACCGCAUAGAUAUGGAGACGGACAUGGUUCACUUUCUAGGUCACUCCAUUCACUUCCCUGCGUGGGGUCCACCCAAGACUGACUCCAGUUGCUGGUUCACUGAUGGGAUCAUCUGUAGCGGAAGGAUGGAUGUUUUCCAGCUGAUUGUCAUCUCCCUCAGUGUCUUCCUUCUGGUCAUAUCUUGUAUUGCCUCUGCUUACUUCAUAAGGCGACGAAUCAACCAGAUUCGUUUAGUUCGGGGCCCGGAUAAAAUCUUACUAACAUUGGAAGAUGUCACCUUCAUCAUCCCAUCAUUGAGUAACAAGAAGUUGAGUUUCGAUGACUGCAGGACCAGCGACACCAGGAAAAGCUUCUCAGAGCGCAGCAAAUCUCCAAUGUCGAGUCAGUCACCGGUCACCCAUGAGAACACAAACGUCGCUGUCUAUGAGGGUGAUUGGGCUUGGCUGAAAAGACUUCCUGAUGGAAACUUUCGAAGCAUCAACCCCAGCACCAGUGAUGUGUUUGAACUGAUGAAGGAUAUGAGGCACGAGAAUGUGAAUCCUUUCAUGGGCUUCUUCCACGACUGUGGAGUCUUCGCCAUAGUGACGGAGUUCUGUUCCCGAGGUAGCCUGGAAGACCUGCUGCUUAAUGAUGACGUCAAACUGGACUGGAUGUUUAAGUCUUCACUCCUGCUGGACCUUAUUAAGGGUAUGAAAUACCUACACCACAAGAACAUAUGUCAUGGAAGGCUAAAGUCCCGGAACUGUGUGGUUGAUGGACGUUUUGUACUUAAAGUGACCGACUACGGUUACAACGAAGUGCUAGAGGCCCAGAAAUUCCCGUAUGUCCGGCCACCAGCGGAGGAGCUGCUAUGGACUGCUCCUGAGAUCUUGAGAGGUUCAUUCCCAGGGCUGAGUGGGACCCUUCCAGGGGAUGUGUACAGCUUCUCCAUUGUUAUGCAGGAAGUGGUGGUUCGUGGGCCUCCGUUCUGCAUGUUAGAGCAGUCUGCUGAGGAAAUUAUCCAGAAGGUCAUGAAGCCUCCACCAUUAUGCCGGCCUGUUGUAUCUGUAGACCAUGCUCCAGUGGAGUGUAUCCAGCUGAUGAAGCAGUGCUGGAACGAGCAGCCUGAGAGAAGACCCACCUUUGAAGAGAUUUUUGAUCAGUUCAAGAAUAUAAAUAAAGGGAAGAAAACUAACAUCAUAGACUCUAUGCUGCGGAUGCUGGAGCAGUACUCCUCUAACCUGGAAGAGCUGAUCAGAGAGAGGACAGAGGAGCUGGAGGUUGAGAAGCAGAAGACAGAGAAACUGCUGACACAGAUGCUGCCACCGUCAGUGGCUGAGGCUCUGAUGCUGGGCACCACAGUGGAACCAGAGUACUUUGACAGUGUUACAAUCUACUUCAGUGACAUUGUUGGUUUCACUACCAUUUCAGCCAACAGUGAGCCCAUCGAGGUGGUUGACCUUCUGAAUGACCUGUACACACUUUUUGAUGCUGUCAUCGGCAACCACGAUGUGUACAAGGUGGAGACCAUAGGUGAUGCCUACAUGGUGGCGUCAGGUUUACCUGUGCCCAAUGGAAACCGGCAUGCAGCUGAGAUUUCCAAUAUGGCUUUGGACAUCCUCAGUGCUGUGGGGACAUUUAAGAUGAGACACAUGCCUGAUGUCCCGGUCCGAAUACGAAUAGGAAUUCAUACAGGUCCUUGUGUUGCUGGUGUUGUGGGGUUGACAAUGCCACGGUACUGCCUGUUUGGAGACACAGUCAACACGGCCUCUAGAAUGGAGUCCACAGGGAUGCCCUACCGGAUUCAUGUCCACUCCAGUACAGUUAAGAUUCUGCUGCAGCUGAAAGCCGGGUAUAAGGUGCAGUUGAGAGGCAGGACUGAAAUGAAGGGCAAAGGCACAGAAGAGACCUACUGGCUCAUUGGGCAGGACAGCUUCACCAAACCUUUACCCAUUCCACCUGAACUCAAGUCGGGGCCUGAACCCAAGGACUUUAAGUUGAUGCUUCAGAAGGCUGUGAGGAAGAUCUCGGCUGUGCGUCAGGUGACCCAGCUUACUAUGGCAGAUGAAGGCAAUGUCAUGAUACACCAUCACUGAUGACCCUUCACCUCUGUCUUUUUGACCCGUGCAAUGGAGACUUGGGCUGGUCUGUCUAUAAGAUUAGGAAUUCUUAAUGGAUCAGGUGGUAGAAGACAUGCAUCAUGUCACUGGAAGCAUCAAAUCUAGUUUAUUUGAUUGAUUUAGACCAUGAUCUCUCUUGGAAGUCUUCUUAAACUACAACAAGUGACAAGCAACAACAACAUGCUCAACACAUCCUUCCAGUUCCCAUUAUGGUAUAUUCCAAAGAUACCUCUCAAAAAGCUUCCAGCUAAGCCUGAGGAAGUGCAAAGCGAAGCCUCAUCCUGUUUGUGGAGGGACAUGCAGACCUGUUCUGAAUAUGAAGUACCUGUGACACAAGCUAAAGUCACAUGAAGAACUGAAAUUAUCCCCUGGGAAUCCAUUACUCAGCGAGAGAGGGAUUAGAUCUAAGAGAGAGAGAGAGAGAGAGAGAGAGAGAGAAAGAGGAAAAGGUUGGAGGAUAGAGUAAAGGAUGUCAGCUCCCUGUUUUCAUGAUAUGUGAUAACAAGUGACUAAGUGUAAAUGAUAAAAUGGAUGAAAUAACUGGGGCUGAAUGGAAGUACAUAUAGAGCAGACCAAUGUUCUGAUGCAUCUGACGUUGGUUACCAACAGGCACUAUGCAUUAUGCAGCUCUCGAUCACUCUCUCUACCCUGAGGAAGACUUCUCCUCAUCCUCAUCCUCAUCCUCAUCGUUCAUGCAGGUAUACCUUAAUGAGGGGUAUGUUUAGCAUGGACUCCCAUGGAUGUCAGUACUACACAAACUUUUAGUGAUAUUCUCAUUUUCACUGUACAGCAAAGUGUGAUUUCAAAUGUUCAAAUAAUUCAAAUGUAUCUGUUUAUGUUUGUGGUAAAAUAACAGCAUGUCAUAGUUAUAUAAUCUGCUAACUAAGUAAGAUUCUCUAUGACAAGACUGUAUAAAGAGAAACAGAAUUUUGAAAUGACUAAAAAUAUUAGAUAUUUAUGUUACCAUAAAAUUAUUUGGAGUGUUUAGUUAGAUGUUUAGCUGUAAAAGUUCUGGUACUUUAGAUUAGUUGGAUGUGAACUGGUGUAUUUACCUUAGCUAUUUUUAGCCUACACAUGAUCCCACGCUAAGAAAAUAAUUGAUGUUAACCCACUGAAUCAAUUAUAUCAAAAUUAUAACAUUCAUUUUGCAAUAAUGAAAAAAAUAAUGUUAACAAUAAAUCUGACUUUGUUUGA